AUGCCCAGUUUUUUGGAUUUUGUGCUGGUCACCGACCCAAUCGCCAGCAUCGCAUCCAGCCUUGCAAUAGAACAAAUGUGCGCGAAGAGGCAGAGACCCAACCUCCUCAUCACGGGCACGCCCGGAGUUGGCAAGACCACCUUUUGCGAGGCCUUGGCGUCCAGAUCCGGCCUGCAGCAUGUCGAGGUGAGCAAACUGGUGCGGGAGAAGCGGUUGUAUCGAGAGUGGGAUGACGAGCUGGAUUGCAGCAUUUUCGAUGAAGAGAUGGUGCAAGAUGCUCUGGAGCCCCUGCUGGAGAGAGGAGGCUGCUUGCUUGACUUCCAUUCCUCGAGCUUCCUGGAUGAAAAUGACUUCGACCUGGUCAUUGUUCUUCGAGCGGACACCAGCGUUUUGUAUGACCGCUUGGAAAAGAGGCAUUAUCCUGAAAGCAAGAUCAAGCAGAAUGUUGAGGCUGAGAUUUUCCAGAGUUGCUUAGAUGAAGCGCAGGAGGCCUUUGAAGAGACGACGGUCAGCAUUUGGGAGUUGCAACACGAUACCGAGGAACACAUGGAGGAUGCUUUGGAGAGAGCGCAGCCCAGCCCUCAGCAUGCCAAUUGCCUUCAUUGCAGUGCGAUUCCAGACACCCUUGACACGCCGACUGUGUCAACUGAGGGAGUUUGUGUCAAAGUACAUCUAGUGAUCGCUUCACGCCAAGAAGGUUGCACUAGUUGCCAGAAAAGCAAGUGGCAAAAGCAUCGGGCUUUGCAAGAGAAGUUGUCCUUGAUCUUGUUUUGUCUUCUGUCGUGUGUGUGUGUGUCUGUGUUCUUUUCAUUUCUCUUUUGUUUUUCUCUUUUGUUUCUCGGAAAACUGACAAGAAGCAUUAAUGAGUGUGUGCUCUUGUCGAGUUGCAGAUGCCCAUGUCAGGCUGGCAGGCACUGCAGGCCACUCGCAGCAUGUCUGAAUCGCACGAAUCACAUCAAAGGGUGA